CUCAGUAGUCGCAAUAAAGUUGAACAAAAGUUAACGCUUGAAAUAUUUGAAACUUGUUUCACAAUCGACUUCGUUUUAACCAUCCAGAGUUACCAACCAAAAUUAAACAAUCAAAAACAUUUUUUCCCCUCGUCUAAUAAUUUCAAUUUCUAACUCAAUUUAUAAACAGUUUGUAAGCGAUCUAACAUAACUCACAGUCACACUAGGGUCGUCUAGAUAGAUUGAAGAAGCAGAUAAACAUGCAAGGUUUGAGUAUAAGUGAACUUUGCUGCCUAUUCUGCUGUCCACCGUGUCCAAGUCGGAUAGCAGCGAAACUCGCCUUCUUACCACCAGAGCCAACCUACAGUUUGAUCCCAAACGAAGAGAUUAAAUCGAAAUUUCAACUUCAACUGAACGAGAAAGCUGAAUGGCCAUAUUCAGAACGCGAUAAAGACACAAUUGAAUCUUUCUACACGAGAACAUCUCGUGGCAAUCGUAUUGCUUGUAUUUUUGUGAAAUGCUGUACAAAUGCAAGAUACACGCUGCUUUUCUCACAUGGCAACGCAGUCGAUUUGGGACAAAUGAGCAGCUUCUACUUAGGAUUAGGUUCUAGAAUUAACUGCAAUAUAUUUAGUUACGAUUAUUCGGGUUACGGGGCUAGCACAGGAAAACCAUCGGAGAAGAAUCUGUACGCAGAUAUUGAUGCAGCCUGGCAUUUAUUAAGAACACGUUAUGGAAUAAGCCCCGAAAAUAUAAUCUUGUAUGGCCAAAGCAUUGGAACAGUUCCAACAGUUGAUCUCGCAAGUCGAUAUGAAGUUGGUGCCGUCGUCCUUCAUUCUGCUUUAAUGUCUGGAAUGCGUGUCGCAUUUCCUAAUACAAAACGAACAUGGUUCUUUGAUGUAUUUCCAAGCAUCGAUAAAGUUUCAAAAAUCACGUCGCCAACCCUUGUCAUUCAUGGAACGGAAGAUGAAGUCAUUGACUUCUCACAUGGUCUAAGCAUUUAUGAAAAAUGUUCAAAGCCCGUUGAACCAUUGUGGGUGGAAGGUGCUGGACAUAAUGAUAUUGAACUGUACAAUCAGUAUUUGGAUCGGCUCAAGAAAUUUGUGUCAGUUGAGCUUGUAAAUUGACAAUCAAAGACUUCAGCUCCACCACCAUCAACACAACAACAAAAGACACAGCAAGGACAACAAUCACAAGAACAGCCAAAGAGUGGAGCGACGACUUCGAAAACCAAUGAAAAUACCCAACUUCUUGACGAUAAAACAUUAGCAAAAAAUUCCAGCACUAAUUCUUCAGUGCCUCCGGCUCCAUCGCCACCGAAAAUCAAUGAGAAACUUUUAUAGCAAACAUUAACAAGCUCAGAUACGACGAUAAGAAGACGUACGACGAGCAAUAUUCAUUAUUCAAGUGAAGGAGGAAAUUGGCAACAAAACAGCAACAACAAGUCGCCAAGUCGAUAUUUAAAAUUGCAACCUGCUUGCAAUUGUAAAGAAGUUGAAAUCGUGAAGAAAUGUAACAACGAUGACGAUAGUGAUGAAGAUGAUGAUUGCGAUCAAUGUAAUAAAAAUAUUAAAAUGAAGCUGAAAAAAACUUUAAAAGAUGCUCAAACAAGUCCACGUCGUGAUGAUGAAUCACCAAAUCAUCGUCAAUUAAAUGAGCAAAGUCCAGUGUCAAGUAAGUUAAAGAAAAAUCAACUUUUAAGUCCAAAUAAAGUUGAAUCACCGCCGUCACCAUCAUCUCCAAUGUCUUCAUCAAGAAGAAGAACAACAUUAGAAAAAAGCAAUUCGAUGACAGAAUCAAAGAAUUCAAAACAAUUGAGAACGACAAAGUCAUUGUCACCACGUCCACCGAUUAAACAUCAACACGAACGUGAACAUGAACAUGAACACAAUAAAAUGAUGUCGGUGAAGAUUUCACCAACUGAUAAUAUUCACAAGAAAAGCAUAAAAAUGGACCCGAAAUGUCUUAUCAACGACAACAAUCUGGCGGAAGACGUUUUCGGUAGUCUACGUUUAGAUGAUCGUAGUAGUCAAAAGAAUAAUCGAAGCACGAGUUGUCUGGUUUACGUUCCAUCAGAUCCAUGGACGAAAAUGGAAGCAACAAAUGGAAAGGUGAAGAAACGAGGUGAGAAUCGUAUGAAGAAGUUGAUGGAUGUGAAGUCAUUGAGUCGACCCGACUUGGAUUUCAACGACGAUGAUCCGUGGGUUUAUGACGAGAGUCGAAAGUCAACGAAAGAUAAAAAGUGUGCGACAUAUCGUAGCACACAUUCAAAGUCGCUUCAUUUCGAAAGUAAAUCUGGCACUGCACGUCCACGUCUUCAACGUUCAAAAUCACCGUCAUUCAUUGCAGACGAAAAUCCUAUAAAAAAUCCACCGUCAUCACCAAAUAAUUUGUCACCAAAAGAUCUUCUUUCAUCAAUUUCACCAAAACUCGGUUAUCAUGCUGUUCCUGACGAAAACAAUGACGAAAAAUCUCAGAAGAAGAAGAAUCAAUUUUUGAAUGUUUCAAAUCCAAACUUGUUACAACCUCGUCAUAGUUUCUCGACAUCAACAUCAACAUCGUCACAGAAAGACGACGAAUUAACUUUAAACAUUCGUCGUUUAAGUGAACAAAUUAAACAUUCAUCAAACUAUGCCAGUUAUGGAAACUUUCCCAAUGCAGGCGCUGUCACAGCGACGACGACGAGUCCAAAAUCUGGUGAGAUGGAUAAGAAAAGUUCGAGUCUUUUAAGCGAUUCCCUUCUGGAAACGACGUGCUAAAAAAUUAUCACUUGCCACUUAAUAAUUCUUCUUGAAAUGUUUUUAAAUAACAUAUUAGGCACAUUUCAAAAUUUUAAAAGUUACGUCACAUUUGCUUGUUAAUUCACUCAUUCAACAAAUAUUUUUUGCUGCCUUUAAAAGUUCUUUGAUAUUCCAAUUAUUAUUUAAUUCAAACAAUUAAAUUUGAAUGUUAAAACAGUUUUUGUAUGUCAAAACAAAUUCAAUGAAAUUCCUAAACUUGCCCCCAUUUUAGUCGUUCAUAUUGUAACGUAAUUUGUGAACGAUCCCUAAGGAUUAUAAACGUCCCCUUUAGAAUGUUGUGAAAGUCUGUUAGUGGUAAAAAAAAAUGCAUUUAAAUUUCAUUUUUCACGACGAAAGCAAUCGUUAACAUGAAUUUCUACGAACAUUAAACUUCCCUGUUUUUAAAUUGUGUUAAUUAAUAUAAUCAAUAUUCUCGCAUAACCGAUACAUUAUCUAAUUAAAAUAUUAUCACUGAAUUGUAAUGAAAAUGAAUGUGAGAUGACUGAAUGACUGGAAACUUAAAACAUGUGUCCAUUAACUUUAUUUUCGGUUGUUCGACAUAUCGAUAUUCAAUUUUCAUUAACGAUAUAAAAGUGUUAAAUCAUUCGUGCAAUUUAAAUCAUCUUCCAUUUCUUUUUUUAAUUUUCAUCCUUCAUCGAGUGUUUCCAAAGAGAAAAUAAAUCAUUGAGUGGGAAGCGCUUUUCCAAGUUAAGUUUCAUUGUAAUGAUAAUAAAUAAAAAUAUUAUCGCAACAGAAAUAGCAAAAUCAUUUCAUUUCAACUUGAAUCAUAAAGUUCUUAUGUUAUCAUUAGACAAUUUCUAUUUUUAAUUAAAAAGGGUUUUCAUAAAACAAAUUACUCCACGAAAUUUAAAUACACAAAAGGAAUAAAAUAAAAUAAAUAAUUAGACAAUUAAACGUAAGAAUUAUUACAAAAUGGUUCUAAAUUGGCUAAGACACAAUAAAGUUCUAGAUGUAAAUAGCUUGUUAAGAAUUGGAGACGUUACAAAAAUAAAUAAUCUUUGAUAUUAAGUAACUUUACGAGAAAUCCACAGAAAAAUAAAUAAAUAAUUGAAAACAGUUUUAAGAAGGAAAACUUAAGGCGUGCUUGCAUCACAUCUUUCUUGUCUUAAUUACAAAAAUCAUCAUUUAGAAAGUUUCAAUUGUUUGUUUUUUCUUGAAAAAUGUCUUUUUAAAAUCAUUUUGACAAGUUUUAAAAAGAAGAAAAAAAGAUAAGACUUCAUGUUGACAGAUAAUUUGUUUCAUUCACUUCAAAAACAAUAACAAUUUUACAUCUUUAGCACUUAUCUUUGUUUCAAACAUGAGAACAAAACAGUUAAAAAUUGAAAUGUACGAGCAAAACGUGGUUUGAAUACGUUGAUUAGCUGAACUCGGAUUAAAAACUGAAAUUGAAUGAAAAUUUUAUUUUUCUUAAUGAAAAUUGAAAUUAUUGUUUAAUUGUCUUAGCAAAUAUGAAAUGUUAAAUUUAGUUAAUGAAAUAAUUGUGAAAAAAUACGCAUUACCUACCUAUAAAUUUUACAAUAAAAUUAGCUCCAGAUUUCCACAUCAUAAA